CACCGUUCUCCGAAGCAUGGAGGGAUGUAUGGAUGUAUUUGGAUGUAUUUCCCCCCUUUUUCUUUCACCUCAUACUUGCUCCCAAAUGCUGAUACUAUGUGGGAAUGCAUAAAGCUCCUCCUUGCCCGCAGCCAGCGUCCAUUGCUUUCAUCACCUCGUCCUUCUUGACCUCCCUGCACCUUCCUGCAUCUUUACUGGCAACACACUGGCACCCAGAGGCGCGCUUUGGUACUGCAGGCACUGAUGAUUGGCGCGGCAGUGACGAUGCAAGCUUUCAACAGGAGUUCCUGGAAACUCACAACGCCUACCGAGCCAGACACAGAUCGCCGCCGAUGACCCUCAGCGGGGAACUGAACACGGCAGCUCAGAAAUGGGCGGAUCACCUGCUGGCUUCAGGUGCUAUGCAGCACAGUAACACCAAGGAUGGAGAGAAUAUUUACACCAUGUGGAGCUCGGUGGCCAUUAAACACACAGGAAAAGAAGCUGUAGAUUCCUGGUAUGGUGAAGUUGACCAAUACAACUGGAACAAACCAGGAUUUAAUUACAACACAGGUCAUUUUACUCAGGUGGUGUGGAAAGCAAGCACCCAACUGGGGGUUGGUAUGGCCACAGAUGGCAACAAGGUCUUUGUGGUUGGCCAGUACCGCCCAUCUGGCAACAUCAGCGUGCCCCAAUACUAUGUGGAAAAUGUCCUCCCGCAAACUGACAGAGGAGUGAGUGGAGCUACACCGGACUGCGACAGCCGAGUCUAUCCGUGAGGUGGCGUGACUUGGCGUCUACACGCUGGCCACGCCCCCACCACCAUCACCUAGGAAACGGGGCACGGCCUAUUGGCCACCGAAGCAGAAUCGGCUCAACUUGUGGGGAUGUGACUGACGCUGGGAAGGCUGGGAACGCUGGGAACGCUGGGAAGGUCCUAUCCAACCCACAUGACGCCAUCA